AGAGUGGGUGCAAAACCACUCUCCGAUCGGAUUGCACACAUAUAAAGGAGAUCCUUCUCCCCCUCCUUUUCCCUUCUCUCACUGUACCCUUUCCUUUCGUUCCUUUCGGUCCUUUCUCCUCACAGCUCCAUCUCCUCACAGCUCCAUCUCCUCCUCCCACUACCGCGCUAUAAAAAGGGUGUCGACCAUAAAACACACAGCUUCCUACUUCCCCACAAUGGCCUCAACCUCGUCAUUCGCCCUCUCCAGCAUCAUGAACGACGCCACCUCAGCCUCAAUAGGCCGCUCAAAAAAAUCUUCUCACCCUGUCUCCUCAGCGUCGUCCUCUUGCGGGGAGUCCGAUCAUGAGUCCGCUUCAGACCAGGUCGCUCGUCCUUACGAGUGCCAUCUCUGCGACAAAUCUUUCUUCCGUCUCGAGCACCAGACUCGCCACAUCCGCACCCACACUGGCGAGAAGCCCCACCCGUGCGACUUUCCCAAUUGCGACAAGCGCUUCUCGCGCUCUGACGAGCUGACGCGCCACAUGAAGGCUCACACAUCUGCCUGCAAAAACGGCAACGCGGAUCUCCUCUCGACCUCUCCUCACCACUACGCAACCUACCAGGAAUAUCUUCAGGCAUUGGAGUCUGCCGAAUGGGCGAGGAAACACAUCUGCCCUGUUCCCAACUGCUUCAAGUCCUUCACCCGAUCAGGCCACCUUGCCCGCCACAUCCGCUCGCAUACCUCAGAGAAGCUGUUUGUGUGCCCGGUCGAGAGCUGUGGACUCGGUUUCACGCGCUCGGAUGCGCUCCGUGAACAUGCCAGAACCCAUGUUACCCGUACCCGCAGCCGCAAGUCCUCCACUGAGAGCAAGGCCUCCAACGAAACCCCUGCCGCCUCCCCGUCGCCUGCAAACACUGCACGCUCAUCAAUGUCACCUUACCCCAUGUCGCCCUCUCUCUCAGAGUCUGACGAGCCCAUGGUCGACCUCCCAGCAUGGGCCAGGAUGACGCCCAUCACUACCUCGGCCAAUCCAGAGCAGGCUCAGCAGCCAUACCAGCAGCAUCAGCAGCAGCAGCAGUACUACAGAUCUGCUGCAGACAAGACCGGCACUGUUCUUCAGACGCCUCCUUACUCGCCACCCAUGUCACCUCGCUAUGGCAGUGCUAGCUCGUCGCGCUAUACUGCUGCCCCAUACCCGCAGUACAAGCCCCAGCCCUCGAUGGCGCACCCAGGACUGCCCUCGAUGAUGGAGAGCACAUACCAUCCUCACCGUCCUCAUCCUCAGUACUCUGGCAACUAUAGCAACGGCAACGACAGUCAGCGUAUCUCGCUUCCUCUACCAUCGAUUUCCAGUGGCAACCAUGGCAACAGUGGCAGCAACAUCAACGGCGGAUCAGAUUUCAAGUUGCCUCCUAUCUCGUCAUUGCUUCCUACUCUUUGAAGAAAAAAAAUUUAUUUCUUAUUUUUCUCACCGGAACCCCACAAAAAACAUUUUGCAAAGUCCGUCCGUCUCUGGAGAGCCCUGGAGUUUGUUAGCUGAGGCCACCUCGCCUCCACCGUUCGUUUGCCGCUCCAAGGGCUACUUGAGGACGAUUUCCCCAGCUGCUCUCCUAUUUUUAUUCUGUACAUACUCCACUGAUUGCGCCAUUGUUUGCCACCCCUCCCCCUUUUUGCGCUGCCCUGCCCUGUCCAUCUGCGCAAUGUAUUGCUAGUUAAUUUAGUUGCAUAUCUACCUCCACUCACUGUAACAUAUCAUUCCAACAUAUUUCAUCAUAUCAAUGUCCCUAAUAUUUGCAUAUAGUCUACCUGUCUACUGGUAAAGAAUAAAAAGUAAAGACGAAAAAAAAA